AUGCUCAAGUUUCACCCACUAUACUGGUCUCUUCUUGCGUUGGUCUUGGCGAUGGUUCAUCCGGCCGCAUCUCAUCCUAUCCGAACGUCCAAAUGGAUCAAAACGACCCAACUCGAAGAUCGGGACAAUCGCGGCGUCUGGAAAGUCUUUGAGAAACCUGAAAAAUACUCUUUACCUGAAUUACCUCAAGCUAGAUUCAGUCAGCCGGAAUCCCCAUCAAAAUUACAACAUGACACAGAUCUUGAGCGCGGACAAUCUGGUCGCCUCUACAAACGAGAUACAUCCUCAGAUAAAUCAAUCAUCUCGGUCUUAAUACCCAACCCACCCAUCUCAGAACGACUAAACCAACACUGGAAACACCCACAAGCCGAGCACUACGAAUAUCCGUGGAAACCUGCCACUCCCACAAAACAUUAUGGAGAAGUACUGGGACAUACCAAGGCGAAGACAGGAGCGACUGCAUACCACAGACAGGAAGUCGAAUCUUCUCCGUCCUCGUUACAACUUUCAUCUGGGGAUUAUAUCUCGUUUUUUUCAUAUCGGAUUUCUUUUCCGUUCCUCAAGUUCACGCCGGUAUCUUUUACCCAAAUUCCCCUUCCGGGAAUUUUCACCACUAUCAUGGUUCUACUCGCCUUGGUUUGGAUUGCAAUUUUGACCAUUGGAUUGGUGGAGGUGGGAAACUACAUAUGGAAUCGGGGACGCGUUGCUCCGCUUGUGGGCGAAAAUGAGGUGGAAAGUGACGACUCGACGAGCAGGUCAGUGGAAUUGGUGAAGAACUCUUCUCAAGUUCUUGUUAUUCCGAGGAUUCCUAUGCACGAAACUGUCAGAUACCCGGAUGAGGAUGAUGAGCUGCUAUCGAGUAGUUCUGAAUGUGACUCGGAAUUCGAAUCUGAGACGAACUACCGCUUGCCGUGA